CGCAGGUCUCCUCAAAGGGAGAUUGGGUCUCAUCAGGGUCUGAGUGAAGGCUCGAUUCAUUCUUCCUCAGUCUUACUGUGAGGCGGAAUACAUUGUUAAUCAGUACCAUUGGUCAUUGUGUGAGUAUUUGGGAUCAUGCAAGCGAACCCAGAGACCUUCAUUAGCUGAUUCAGGUGUGUUUGAUUACAGCUCCAGACUGAAAUUGCCACUGAGUUUCCAAUGAAUUCUGGACAAAGCAGCUGCAGAUUCUUAAAAAAGAAAAGCACAAUGGUUUCCACAAAAAUGCAGACUUGUGCUGGGUUUUGUUUAACUGGAAAAACCAGCUGUCACACAACGUGGCAGUGGUUGCAAAACAGUGUAUUUGAAUGGCAGUAAAUGGACGGUCCCAUUGAGAAGUGUUCAAACUUUCAUCCUAAAGGUGUUUAGAAAGAGGACUGAGAUAAACAUACAUACAUCCAUUAAACAAUGAACAAGCUGAGGAGAAGAAGUACUAUCAACUUAGUGAAAGAACUCGAUGCCUUUCCUAAAGUUCCAGAGAGCUAUGUUGAAACAUCAGCUUUUGGAGGCACAGUGUCACUGAUUGCAUUCAUCCUCAUGGCACUUCUGACCAUCUCUGAGUUUUUUGUGUACCAGGACUCAUGGAUGAAAUAUGAAUAUGAAGUAGACACAGAUUUCACCAGUAAAUUGAGGAUAAAAAUUGACAUCACAGUUGCAAUGAAAUGUGCAAGAGUGGGUGCAGAUGUGUUGGAUAUUUCUGGCGCUGUCAUUGCAUCAAAGGAACUUAAAUAUGAUGCUGUAAGCUUUGAGCCCUCUCCAAAGAAAAAAAUGUGGUAUCAGAUAUUGCAUCAGAUUCAAAACAGACUGAGGGAAGAGCAUUCACUUCAAGAUGUACUCUUUAAAUCAGCGCUGAAAGGAUACUUUUCUGAUCCAGUUCCACAAAAUGAUUCUACAUCCAAUUCCCAGAAUGCAUGUAGGAUACAUGGACAAAUCUAUGUCAAUAAAGUGGCGGGAAAUUUCCAUAUCAUAUUGGGCAAACCAAUUGAUACUAUCAGAGGUCAUGCCCAUUUUGCUUCAUUAAUCAAACAUGAAGCUGCUCUUAACUUCUCACAUCGAAUAGAUUAUUUAUCUUUUGGAAACGAUGUUCCUGGACACAUCAAUCUCCUUGAUGGCACGGAAAAAAUUGCAUUAGAGCAAAAUAUGCUGUUUCAGUAUUUUGUCACAGUUGUGCCCACCAAGCUGCACACGUCAGGUGUUUCAGUGAACAUGCACCAGUUUUCUAUUACAGAACAGGAGCGUGUUGUAAGCAAUGAGAAAGGCAGGCAUGAUGUAUCUGGGAUCUUUAUUAAAUAUAAACUGAGUCCAUUAAUGGUGAGGGUGACAGAGGAGCAUAUGCCUCUCUCUUUGUUUCUUGUGAGACUGUGUGGCAUCAUUGGAGGAAUCUUUUCAACUUCAGGUCUGCUCCACAGAUUGAGUGGGUAUUUUGUUGACAUUGUCUGCUGUCACUUUAGACUUGGUGCAGAUCAAUCCCAGGAGGUUGUCCCUGAUUAGGACCCCUGGAACAUUUACAUGUAUUUAUUUUGCAGAGACAUUUAUCUAAAGCGACAAGAAGCAUAAAUAGAUCCUGGACAGUAGCCUAGAAACCAACACAGAUUACUUUGUUAACAAUUGCAAUUACGUACAUAAUAUACACCAUUCACAAUGCUUCAUGGGAUUGUAGUUUCUUCCAUCAUUAAAGCCAUUAAGUACA